AACUGAUCGUGUUCGACCGACCGGCCAUUCCUCCACGGUCGCAUUCCCUCGUGGCCGGCGCACCGCGCUCCGAGCAGCAAUGGCGUUCGCCGCGGCUGCGCGGAGAAGCCUCGCCUUGCCUAGCAUCUCCGAUUGCCUCUCCCGCCGCUUCCAUCCCGCGCUCCCCCAACUGCUCCCAUCCAACUCCAUCGGCGAUCCCCGGAAGCCCUCGCCCCUUCCUCUCUCACCCGCAACGCGUCCGUUGCGCUUCGCGUUCUCCCCUUGCGGGACAGCUCAAACCCUAAACCUCCUUCCAUUCGGCAUCCACCUCCUCGCCGGGCCACCCCGCCGCGGCUUCUCCUCCUCCUCCGGCGACAUUGACUUCGCCGACGUCCUCACCGGCGCCGCCGAUGCCUGGCCGCCCGUGGCUGCCCCGGCGAGCUUCCCCAGCGAGGUGGCGUUGGCCGCAGGGGACUCGUCGAUUGCCGUCGCGGCGGUGCAGCAUCUCAUCGACGCGGUCCAUUCCUUCACUGGUCUGAACUGGUGGAUUUCCAUUGCUCUCUCCACUGUGCUCUUACGGUCUGUGUCGUGCCCAUUGUGGAUGCUUGCCAGGAAACGAGUAUAUGAGAUGUGUCAGGAGAUGCAGCAAACCAGCAAGUUGGUAAAUAAUGCUAAGGACGAUGCAUCAAGAGAAGAAGCUGAGCGUGCAGCAUGUUCUUCACUCAAAAAGCUAGGUCUUGCAUUAUAUCUUCCAGUAAUUGUGACACCGUAUACCUUGAUAACUCUUCACAUUGCUAUAUCAAACAUGGUUGACAAUGUCCCAUCUUUAAAAGGGGGUGGAGCAUUGUGGUUUACUGAUCUGACAACCCCUGAUGCUCUUUGCAUCUUUCCCAUGAUAACAUCACUGUUCAUCAUGCUUACCUCAGAGCUCAAGUACGGUGCUUCAACGAAAUGCAAAAAAUGCUCUCGCACGAUGCACAAAGAAGCAAGGGAAGCUCUGAGAGUAAUAUCUCUUCUAUCUAUGUUGUUGACAGCAACCCUUCCUCAGGCGAUUUCUUGUUCCUUGGUCACCUGGAGUUCUCUAAGUCUUGCAGAAAGGAUAGCUCUCGAACAGCCAGCUGUGCAGAAAGUACUAUAUGGCACCCCCUUGAAACAAAGAAAAUGUUCUUGUGAUGGACAGAAGGGCCCAACUGCUGAAGAUGAUGCCCCUUCUGUCAAAGAGCAGGAAGAGCCCGUUUCCCCAGAGACAAAGAAAUCUUCUGAUGGUAGCACUCACAGAGAAGAGUCCGAUAUGAAAUCGACCAAAGACGGUUAAAUGUAGACACUAAUACUCGCCACUUUUUUUUCGAGAUGAACUACACCACUUACCGGGUAGCAAUCUCCUAGUCUUAUGCUUUAUCUGGUUCCAGGAGUAGAGUAGCUGGCUACUACUGGAGACGAAUAGGUAGCAUACUGACGUGUUCAUCAUGUGCUAGCUUAGGUAUGGUGAGAUCUCCUGGCCUUCAUUGACACCAUGUUUUGUAAGAAAGAUUUCAUCGACACUGAUGACAUUGUACGCCUUCUCAGUUUCAUUGUGAAGGAAUUGGGAGGGACAACAAUAGAUUUUUCAGAACAAUGA